AACUUCCCGUCAGUCAUUUUGUUCAGUGGCUGAUUUCUAUGGUCGACGAUAUCGUUAAAAAUCUUUAACAUCGGCGAGUAAUUCCCAAAGUGACAUUAUGAGUUCUGGAAUGCCUGAAUUGGGCUCCAAGAUAAGCCUAAUAUCUAAAGCAGACAUUCGCUACGAAGGCCGGCUUUUCACCGUUGAUCCUCAAGAAUGUACCAUCGCUUUGGCUAGCGUGCGUUCGUUUGGUACGGAGGAUCGUGAGACACAGUACCCUGUGGCACCACAGAGCCAGGUGUAUGACUACAUCUUGUUCCGUGGCUCUGACAUCAAGGAUAUUCGAGUGCUGAACAAUGUCCCGUCCAUACCCAAUGACCCGGCUAUCAUGCAGAUGUCUGUGCCACCCACACUGGGUGCGGGCAGUGCACCGGGCCAGUUCACGGGGCAAUACAACCACCCCGUGGUCGGCCAGGCGCCUUACCCCCAGUACCACCCGAUGGCAGGAUUUCCAGGAGGUGUCCACCCCCAGAUCAACAAGACCAGUGAGUUGUCUCCACAAACCUCAGUGGAGCUGGCACCCCAGCCCCCGCCUGUCACGGGUCCGAUUGGCUCAGGAGUGGCGCAUCACGCCAAUCAAGUGAAAGACCAAGGCUCAAUGCUUGAUCUUAUUGGAGGAGGAUCUCAGCAGAGCGCAUCGCGGUCAGGUACGCCGGCCGUGGGCGCGCACAGGAAGAGCCCUACUGCGGACCAGGGCACGCAGGUCGGCUCUGUGGCUAGUGGGUCUAGCCAGCAGCGGGACAGCCGACGCGGCAGCAAUGGUCAGGCGCAAAAGGGUCCGGGAAACCGUAACCGCACGAACUCGCGCAACCGACAGCGCUACCCCAGCGGCGGCGCCCCAUCCACGCACCAGCCGCAGCACCCGGGCCAGCAACACUCGCAGCAACACGCGCAGCACAGCCAACACAGUCAGCCCAACGCCAACCAGCAGGCACAUCACCAUCACCAAGCUGGUAACUUCUCUGGAGCCGGGCAGGGCUACAAUCGUGGCGGUUGGAGAGGCCGGCCCCGUGGUCGCGGUCGUGGUUUCGUCCCCCGCAACAAGAAUACCCUGAAGUUCGACAAGGAUUAUGACUUUGAGCAAGCUAACACUGAAUUCGAGGAGCUACGUAGCCAACUUGCCAAGACUAAGAUUUCUGAUGGAGAGGCGAAAGUUGAGGAGUCUGAAGUAAUUAUUAUAACGCAGGGUGAGGUUGACAAGAAGGAUGACUCUGGAAAUGAGACUGGUGCGGGAGAACCCGAAGUUGAUGAAGACCAGAAUGGUUACACAGGGUAUGACAAGAACAAGAGCUUCUUUGACAACAUCUCCUGUGAGGCUGUUGAGAGGUCUAAGGGCAGAAGCCAGCGAACAGACUGGCGGACGGAGCGCAAGUUGAACUCUGAGACGUUCGGUGUCGCGUCUGCGCGCCGGGGCGCGUGGCGCGGCCGCGGGGGCUGGCGUCAUCACAACCCUCAGCAUCAACAGUACGCUAACUACGUACACAGUUUCUCAGACGACGGUAGAUGGCGUGCGAUGCGUGGUGGUCCCCGUGGCGGGCCCCGCGGCGGAGGGCGAGGUCCCCGGCCGGCGCCGGCGCCCGUCGCGCAGCCCUCCACCACGCAACCGCAGCCUGCACCCACUGCGGACCUGACGACUGCAAGCUGUGCGUUAAUGGCAGUAGUGGCGCGGUCACCAGGUCUAGACCGAUUUAAGAGACCAAAAAGCCUUUCGACAGUCGCGCUUGAGACCACUCAACCAAAGGGCACCAUAGGACAUGUCAUCUGCCAGUCUCUUUUUCUUCCGGUUGUCAAGAUGGGUAUCGACAUCAACCAUAAACACGACAGGAAAGUUAGGCGCACCGAAGUCAAGUCUCAGGAUGUGUACCUGAGAUUACUUGUAAAACUAUACAGGUACUUGGCUCGCCGUACGAACUCCAAGUUCAACACGAUCAUUCUUCGUAGGCUGUUCAUGAGCCGUAUCAACCGACCUCCACUAUCGUUGUCUCGGUUGGCCCGUCACAUGAAGAAGCCUACUCGCGAGGGCAUGAUUGCCGUCGUGGUAGGAACCAUCACCAAUGAUGUGAGGCUCUACAAGGUGCCUAAGAUGUCAGUCGCCGCUCUGCACGUUACCGAGAAGGCCCGUGCCCGCAUCUUGGCCGCUGGAGGAGAGAUCCUGACAUUCGAUCAGCUGGCUCUGCGCGCCCCAACUGGCGCCAAGACCGUUCUGCUGCAGGGACGCCGCAACGCCCGUGAGGCCGUCCGUCACUUCGGCCCUGCUCCUGGAGCACCUCGCUCGCACACUAAGCCUUACGUGCGCACCAAGGGACACGAGCGCGCACGGCCACGCCGUCGCUCUAACGUGUAAUCUUUAAAUAUAAGGACUACAAAUCUAA